UGCUCAGUCCCAGCAGGGACCUGGAGAGAAUUGGAAACACUACAGGGAAGCACACACAGGGAAAGAACACAGUCUUAGCAUCAUCUUACAGCGGCCUUAGCUCCCUGCUCAGCCACACUGUGUAGUAGGGACAACCCAACGCAGCAGCCGCAAACAUGUGUGACAUGGGGGGAUUGGAUAAUCUGGUGGCGAACACGGCCUACCUUAAGGGGGGUGACGAAAAAGAGAUGAGGAAGAGGCGACGUAGCUUGUCCCUGCCCAAGCCAGAACAGUGUGUGUCCAUCCGCGCCACGGUUGGGAAAGAAUUUGAGAUGCUCUGCGAGAGGCAGCCCAUAGGGAAGAAGUUCUUCCGACAGUUCCUCCUGGAGUCCAACCCGCAGUACGUGGCGGCCGCAGAGUUCCUGGACGAGUUAAUCGACUGGGAUCUGGCAGAAGGCGCUGGCAAAGAUAAGGCGAGGAUGAACAUCAUCAACAAGUUCUGCAAGGCUGACUCCAAGAACUUCCUGUCCUACCUGACGGGAGAGGUAGCGGACAAGUGCAAGGCGGUGUCGGACAAGGACUUUGAAGACGUGAUGAUGGGCAAGGUGAAGGAUUCCACACGGGAGUACCUGAAGGAAAAGCCCUUCACAGAGUACCAGACCAGCCCUAACUUUGACAAGUUCCUGCAGUGGAAAGAGUACGAGAAACAGAAAAUCACUGAUAAGUAUUUCUAUGAGUUCAGGACCCUGGGUAAGGGAGGCUUUGGAGAGGUGUGUGCCGUGCAGGUGAAAAACUCAGGCCAGAUGUACGCCUGCAAAAAGCUGUGCAAGAAGCGUCUGAAGCAGAAGAAUGGUGAGGGCAUGGCACUGCUGGAGAAACAGAUCCUGGAGAAGGUUAACAGUCUGUUCCUGGUGAACCUGUCCUAUGCCUACGACUCCAAGACCCACCUGUGCCUCGUCAUGACCCUGAUGAACGGCGGCGACCUCCGGUACCAUAUCUAUAACAUUGGUGAAAAAGGCCUUGAAAUAGGCCGCAUCAAUUACUACAUUGCACAGGUCACCACAGGAAUCCUCCACCUACACGCCAUGGAUAUAGCGUACCGAGACAUGAAGCCAGAGAACGUGCUACUGGACAGCUUCGGCCAGUGUCGACUCUCGGAUCUGGGGUUAGCGGUGGAGCUGCCUGGCGAAAAGACCAUCAAUCAAAAGGCAGGCACAAGUGGCUACAUGGCCCCAGAGAUCCUGAAGAAAGAGCCUUACCGGAUGUCAGUGGACUGGUGGGCACUGGGCUGCAGUAUCUACGAGAUGGUAGCAGCUCGCCUGCCCUUCAAGGACUAUAAGGAGAAGGUGCAGAAGGAGGAGGUGGCACGGCGUACCCUCGAGGAUAAAUGCAAGUACGAGCACAAGAACUUUGACGAGGGCACCAAAGCCAUCAUCAACCUCUUCCUCAAGAAGAAAAUUGACGAGCGUCUGGGAUGCAGGACCAAGAACGAGGACCCAAGGAAGCACGAGUGGUUCAAAGGCAUUAACUUCCCUCGACUGGAGGCGGGGCUGAUCGACCCACCCUGGGUCCCCAAGCCCAACGUGGUCUACGCCAAAGACACGGGGGACAUCAAAGAUUUCUCUGAGAUUAAGGGUGUCGUGUUUGACGACAAAGAUGACAAAUUCUUCAAGGAGUUCAACACGGGAGCGGUGCCCAUUGCAUGGCAACUGGAAAUGAUUGACAGCGGACUUUUUGACGAGCUGAAUGACCCCAACAGGAAAGAGUCGGCCGCUGGAUUGGACGACGAGGAGAAGAAAUCAAAAUCCUGCACGCUUUUAUAAAAUCUCCUCUAUACUAUAGUUAGCUUUGAAAAUUACAAAAGUCCUAUCUCAUUCAGAACAUUGUGAGGAUAAUCAUAGCCACAAAAAAAGAUGUGAAGUGGUAGUAAAAUCCAGAGCCAGGUCAAGACACAUAUUUCCACCACUUCACACAUUUUUUUGUGGAUAUGAUUCUUCCUGCUCUAUGACGUUGUAAUGAUCAUGAUAAGCCACAGCACUUACGAUGAUAUCAGGAAUCGAUAAGGUGAUUUUGUCUAUAUCAAUGGGCAGGGUCAGUGUCUGUGGUAGAAUCAACAGGAAACAGCUAGACUAGAGCUGGAAUGGGGACUGUGCUUUACAGGCACUGGCAGAGUUGCGGUAGCAGGCUUCUACCACAAGGUGUCCCCAGAUAUCUAGAUAUGUGGAUAUUCACAAGUCUUCUCAAUAUUGACCUGCUUGAAACGUCUUGCCUUUUUUUAAAUACAUACGGUACGAUCACCUUUGUAUUUUUGAGUGAGAUGUGGUUUUAUUGGAUUGCAAAGCUUUAACUCUUAAAGCCUUAGAGAGCAUGAACUCUCACAUCUUCACAACUAUAUUCCAAUGACCAACACACUCCCAAACCACAUUUUAACAAAUGUAUAAAUGACCUGUAAAAUGGAUCUCACUGUGUUCAGUCUUAUAAGCUAUUUUGUAAUGGUGAUAUGUAUGGUUUCUUUCAAGUGCACUAUAACAAUCUAUAUGCUAACUUAUUUUCAACCAUUAGUUACAUUUAAAGGCCCAAUGCAGCUGUGUUUAUAUCAAUAUCAAAUCAUUUCUGGGUAACAAUGAUGUACCUUACUGUAAUAUUAUUCCAUUAAAAUGAACAAAAAUAGACUGUCUGGGAGUGGUCUGAGUGGAGAGGGGAAACUGAAAAGUAGCUGUUAUUGGCAGAGAUGUUUGGAACUCUCUUUGUAAAUGGUGAUGUCAACAGAAAAGCCAAAAGUCCAUGAAAACCUGCUGAUUAGAUCCUGUUUAGAUUGUAUUUUCAACAAGCAACUAUCAGGAAAUAAUACUGAUCAAACUGUGUUAGUUUCAUCAGCUGUUGCACAAUAUAAUACAAAACACAGGAAAAAAAAAUGUUUUGACUGCACUGGGCCUUUACGAAUGGGUGCGCACCACAAUGCACCUUACACCUUAUUAAGCAUGUUCAUUUAAUUAAGAGACUGAGAUGAUCAUAGAGGAUUUUGGUGUUUGUGUGGACAUUAUAGUCUUUGUAUGAGUUGAAUGGAUCUCAGAGGAAUGUUCAAUCAAAAGCUGGUCCUCGUUUGUGCUUGUGUCUUUGUUACGUUGAGCUUCUUGAAGUGACAUUUGAUUUGCAAUUCUUACAGUGUACAUCUCUCUUUCUUUUUUUGAAAGGAUUGUGGAUUCUUGUGGUAUGUGUAUGCUGAAUGGACAGGUGAUAUGUGCAAUAGGAAAUUGUUGAAAAUCAAAGAAAUAAUGAAUGCUUUUUAUAUAUUUAUCUUUGUGAAUGUUAUUUUUAUAUCCCUGUAUAAUCUGUGUAUUAUCUGUUUAAAUUUAACCUCAAGUA